AUGACAGCGAGCUCAGCCCCCGCUGAUAGCAAUAGUAAAUGGAAGUGUGAGAUGUGUACAUAUGAGAAUUUCCCACUUUCUCGCAAGUGUACGAUGUGUCGUAGCCUCAAACCUUCUCUCGGAGAAGAUAUUUUCAAAUUACAAGAUGGAGCCAGUGCUCUUCCCACACAGGAUGUCUGUGGCGCAGAUGAUGUCACAGAUAGACUCAAACCUUUAAGGAUAUCAUCUCCUCAAGGACAGGCUAGUGCUUCGUCCUUGCCAAAGUGGCCCUGUGCGACGUGUACGUACGAGAACUGGCCGCGUGCGUUAAAGUGCGCCAUGUGCGGCUCCGCGCCGCCGCACCCCGCUCACGUACCACCAUUUUGUGCCUUGCUAUUGUUUGCCAAUCCGCUUAUAUAAAAAAAUGAAACUCUCAUUCCAGGUGUGAAUGACAUCUGCAACAGUCAGAAUGCUUCGUUGCACGAGGUUGACUCCAACACUCGUCGAUCCAAACGACGCAACACCGAUUGGGUCUGGCUGCAGGCCUGUUUAGGUGUGGUGGAGGGCGAUGCCCGCUGUGUCCAGGCGUACCUGGAGGCCGGCGGCGACCCCGCGCGAGCACUCACCGCGCACGAGGUGGCGCUGUUGGACCGCGCCUCGGCCUUCGACCCCGGACACACGCUCGUGCACCUCGCCAUACGAUUUCAAAGACAAGAAAUCUUAUCAACUUUACUCUCACGGAUAUCGGGUGGCGGGCCUGGCUUGAAGAGGUCACCUUCCUACGUGGCUUCAGACUUAGCCACUGCGAUCCGACGUCACAUCUCAAAUUAUAUCCGACACAAGAAGGGCAGUUUUCCGUGUCGGUACAUCAACGAGUUCUGCACGUUUUCAUUACCAGCGGAGAUCGAAGAGCUGCCGGGCCCCAUCCAGGAGCAGCUGUUCUCCGAGCUGCUGGACCGCGAGGCGCAGCGCGAGCUGGAGGAGCCGCCGCUCAUCAACUGGAGCGCGCACCUCACCGUGGCGCUGGGCUCGCGCCUGCACGCGCUGUGGAACCGCUCGGCGGGCGACUGCCUGCCCGACGCCGUGUGCCAGGCGGCCUACGGCGUGGCCGACCGCGGCAACGCGCUGCGCGGCGCGCUGGCGGCGUCGCUGGCGCACGCGCGGCGCGGCUUCUACGCGCGCUGGGCGGCCUGGGAGCGCCUGCAGGCCGCGCGCCUGCACUACGCGCCCGAGGAGCCGCAGCUGCGCGCCGAGUGGGCGCGCCUGGCCGCCGCCGCCGCGCGCCCCGGCGCCGCGCUGCACCAGCUGCACGUGUUCGCGCUGGCGCACGUGAUGCGGCGGCCCAUCUUCGUGUACGGCGUGGACGUCGUCAACUCCUUCCGCGGCGAGGCGCUGGGCUACGCGCGCUUCCAAGGCAUCUACCUGCCCCUGCUGUGGGAGCCGGAGUUCUGCUCGAAGUCCCCGCUAGUGCUGGGCUACACGCGCGGACACUUCUCCGCCCUUGUGCCUAUGGAGCCUUACGCGCAGCGCCACCACUACAUCUGCCGAGAGGAACAAGAAGACGGCGAAGACACGACGUACCUGCCGUUGACUGAUUCUGAAGGGAAACUUCUACCUGUCCACUUCCUUACCUGUGACGAGCUGGCCGAGGAGGAGGCCCUAGUUCGGCGCUGGGUGCGAGCUCGAGUGUGUGGCGGCGCGCUCACCGCCGCACAGCGACUGCACGCGCGACCGCUGCUGCAGGCGCAGAUGCUGGAGGAGUGGCUCAACCACUACCGCCGCCUCGCGCAGCAGGCGCGCGGCCCAUUCCCGCCGCGACUGCACGCCGCUGAGUUCUCCAGCGACGCCGACACCGACGACGAGUAG